AUGCCCACCAUUUCGGUCGACAAGGCCGCUCUGUUCAAGGAGCUGGGCCGCGAUUACACCACAGAGGAAUUUGACGAGUUGUGUUUCGAGUUCGGAAUUGAACUCGAUGAAGAUACCACCGAUCAGGAUCGCCCUAUCGUCGAUGGAGUCCAAGAACCGCCUCAGCUCAAGAUUGAGAUCCCCGCCAACCGAUAUGACUUGCUGUGCUUUGAGGGUAUUGCGCUCAUGCUCAACAUCUUCUUGGGCCGAGUCUCUCUCCCCGAGUACAAGUUGACUCAGCCCGCAAAGAUGGAGCAGAUCAUUGUGAAGGAGGAUACCACGAAAAUCCGCCCCUACGUCUCCGGCGCCAUUCUUCGAGGCGUCAAGUUCGACCAGGCUCGCUACGAGUCCUUCAUUGCCCUCCAGGACAAGCUUCACCAGAACUUGGCCCGCGCCCGAACUUUAGUCUCAAUCGGUACCCACGAUUAUGACACUGUCCAGGGCCCCUUCACCUAUGACGCACAGGCCCCCAAGGAUAUCAAGUUCACUCCUUUGAACCAGACACAGGAAAUGAACGGCGAGGAAUUGAUGAACUUCUACGAAAAGCACCAGCAGCUGGGCAAGUACUUGCACAUUAUCCGCGACUCUCCAGUCUACCCAGUCAUCUACGACUCCAAGCAGACUAUCAGCCUGAACACCACCAACAUCUUCAUCGAAAUCACAGCCCUCGACCGCACAAAGCUCGAGAUCGUCAACAGAAUGAUGGUCACCAUGUUCUCUCAAUACACCUCGGAGCCUUUCACCAUCGAGCCCGUCCAAAUUGUGUCUGAGCACAACAACGAGACUCGUGUCACUCCCGACAUCGCUCCCCGCACCGCCCAGGCUGAGGUCUCUUACAUCAACCAGUGCUGUGGUCUGGAGCUCAGCCCUGCUGAGAUCUGCACCAAGCUCACAAAGAUGUCUUACCGUGCCAAGCCCUCUACAAGCUCUCCUGAUAUCAUCGACGUGGAAAUCCCCCCAACCCGUGCCGAUGUGCUUCACCAGUGUGACAUCAUGGAAGAUGUGGCUAUUGCUUACGGUUUCAACUCACUUCCCCGUGAUUUCCCCCAAAUCUCCGGCACCAUUGCCCAGCCCCUUCCCAUCAACAAGCUCACCGACAUUGUUCGCGUGGAGACUGCCAUGGCUGGCUGGUCCGAGGUCAUGCCUCUUAUCUUGUGCUCGCACGAUGAGAACUUCGGCUGGUUGAACCGCAAGGAUGAUGGAAACACCGCCGUCAAGCUGGCCAACCCCAAAACUACUGAGUUCCAGGUUGUCCGCACUAGCUUACUCCCUGGUCUCCUGAAGACCAUCCGUGAGAACAAGCACCAUUCUGUUCCCAUGAAGAUUUUCGAGGUCAGUGACGUCGCUUUCAAGGACCUGUCCAUGGAGCGCAAGAGUCGCAACGAAAGACACUUCGCUGCUGCGUUCUACGGAAAGAGCGGUGGUUUCGAGAUCGUCCACGGUCUUCUUGACCGUGUCAUGGCCAUGCUCAAGAGCGCCUUCAUCACUGGCGAAGAGGGCCUUGAGAACGCCGCUGCGACCGACUCCCAGUAUUAUAUCAAGGAGACUGAUGAUGCUUCCUACUUCCCUGGCCAUGCUGGCACCAUCCACGUCCGCAUUGGCGGCAAGGACCAAGAAAUUGGUUCCUUCGGUGUUCUCCACCCAACGGUGUUGCAGAACUACGAUCUCAAAUACCCCACCAGUGUUUUGGAGCUCAACGUCGAGGCUUUCCUGUAG